UCAAAAGGAGGACAGCACAAACCCCACCACCUCACCACCACCACCACACUCGCUCAACUAUUUUGCCUCCGUCAAUCACUCGCAAAUUCCCACACCAAGGCAACACCAAAGCCAUGGCCAACCUCCUCUCCUCUCUCUUCCUCCUCUUCGUCGCCGCCGCCGCCGUUCAUCAUCGGCAAGCCCUCUCCAUCACCUCCCCCUCCGACGUCGCCGCCCUCAAGGCCUUCAAGUCCGCCGUCGACCCCGCCUCCAUCCCCCGCUGGUCCUGCCUCGCCUCCUGGAACUUCUCCGCCGCCGACCCUUGCUCCGUCCCCCGCCGCUCCUACUUCACCUGCGGCCUCUCCUGCUCAUCCUCCUCCUCCGGCGGCCCGGCCCAGAUCACCCUGAUCACCCUCGACCCGGCCGGCUACUCCGGUACCCUCUCCCCGCUCGUCUCCGGCCUCUCCCGCCUCGCCGUCCUCGACCUCUCCGACAACUCCUUCCGCGGCCCCAUCCCUUCCUCCCUAUCCUCCCUCUCCGCCCUCACCACCCUCUCCCUCCGCGCCAACUCCUUCUCCGGCGCCGUCCCCGCCUUAGCCGGCCUCAAGACCCUCCAGUCCCUCGACCUCUCGUACAACUCCCUCUCCGGGUCGCUGCCGAGCUCGCUCAGCUCGCUCCCGAGCCUGACCCGGCUCGACCUCAGCUUCAACCGCCUGACCGGGUCCAUCCCGAAGCUCCCGCCGAACCUGCUCGAGCUCGCCCUGCGGGGGAACUCGCUCUCCGGGCCGCUGUCGAAGGACUCGUUCGCCGGGUCGGCUCAGCUCGAGGUCGUCGAGCUCGGCCACAAUUCGCUCGCCGGAGCCCUCGAGCCUUGGCUCUUCCUGCUCCCCUCUGUCCAGCAGAUCGAUCUGGCCAACAACAGCCUCGCCCGCGUCGACGUCCCGACGCCCCCGACCGCGGGCGGCGGCGGCGGCGGCAGCCUGGUCGCCGUCGAUCUGGGGUUCAACCGGAUCGAGGGGCUCGUCCCCGGCAGCUUCGCGAGCUACCCGCAGCUGUCCUCGCUGUCGCUGCGGCACAACCGGCUGAGGGGGGACAUCCCGACCGAGUUCGGGCGGAAGGCGACGCUGAGGAGGCUGUUCCUGGACGGGAACUACCUGACGGGGAAGCCGCCGGAGGGGCUGCUCUCGCGGGGGUCGGCGGUGGCCUUCGGGAGCCUGGGGGACAACUGCCUGAGGGAGUGUCCGGCGAGUUCGCAGCUGUGCGCGCCGUCGCAGAAGCCGGACGCGGUGUGCAAGCAGGCGUACGGCGGCGGAAGACCGAGGUCUUAGCUUAGCUUCCUGUCGGGUUUCAGUCAGAUUUUCGACAUUAUUAAUUUUGUUUAGGCCA